CAAACUCCUACCCCAUAUCAUGGACAUCCACAUUCUUUCCGGCUCCUUCACCUCGUUCUCUCUUUUCCUCCUCGCCUUCUCGCCACUCAACCGCUCUCUCCGGCUUCUCCGCACCGUACCCGCCAUCGGCCCGCACCAGUACAUUACACAGACCCCUCAGGCCGUGUACGCGACGACAUGGGCUUCUCCACCGGCCCUGCAUGCGUGGUCCCUUCCUUCGCUAGCUCACAUCGGCAGUACUCCCAUAACGGCAACAUCGUCUUAUAUCACGAUACUUGACUCUCACGCCUACUCAAUGGGUGGUCCCACAGGAGAGAUUCACACUCUUGACCCUGCAACCGGAGCAUGGAAAAAGAAAAUACAAGAGAUUCUAUUUGUCGAAUCAGGAAAACUGGAUGAUGCUGAUAAGACAAGGAAAGCGCUGAGAUACGGUUCCCAUGCGAUAGAGUUCACGGCAGACGGAAACUAUGGUUUUGUUCCGGUCCUCGGGACGGAAGAGAUCCACGUCUUCAAGAGAGGUAACAACGGGACGCUCGAACGCGUAGCGAAAGCCAAAGGUCAUGCAGGAGACGGUCCACGACACGUCAAAGUGCAUCCAAACGGAGAGGUUGUUUACUGCGUAACUGAACAUAGCAACAGACUAGAUGUAUACACCUUCAAUACAGCACCUACACCAUCUCUCAAGCUCGUCUCUUCGCAGCCCCUCUACGCUUCCGGUUCAGCCCAUUCCUACAGGGGUGACACACUACUACUCGCGCCUUCAACUAACCAAAUAUUCGCGACCACUCGUGGAGCAACGCACCUCGACCGAGGAUACAUUUCUGUCUUUUCUCUCUCAUCCGGUCUGCUUAGCGGCCAGGCCGAGUACUACGAGACCCCGACCUCAGGAGGGAAAGCCCACGCUAUCGACUUGCUCCCAAAAGCUUCUGACUCGUCGUCUACCACCUUGACCACGGACCAGGAAUCUCUCUCUGUUCCAGCCGAGUCCGUAUGGAUAGUCCUAACAGACGACGACCCAUGCACGCAGACGCCUGAACCCUGUGCGAGUGUACGCAUACUCGAAUGGGACGGCUGGGAUACAGGUGGGAUACGUGAAGUCGCGGCGUACACUGGGACGGAGAUGCAAGGUGGGAGCCACGCGAUCUUCUUAAACGCGCAUGCAGAUACCGAGGAAGUGGUGCGGCAUGAUGAGCUAUAGAACGGCCAAUGGCGUCGCGUAUACGUUGCUUAGACCAAUCACGCUAUUUCAAUUUCGAACUUGGCGGAAGUCAGAUAAUCCUCUCGUAUGCAUAUGGGCCGAGUGGAAUGAUACCUCCUUCUGUGACUAGACUGGAUUAGACUAUACUUACUUAUUUUAUUGCUUAUAAGAAACUCAUUUCGAUGGUUG